GUAGGAAAUGUGCGAUUUGGGGAUUUUGGAUGCUAUUAGCGACCAUUCUGCACAUGAAAUUAUUGACGGCUAUGCUGGAUUUUGCGAGGCAUCUUCUAGAAUUCUUAAUAGAAAUGAUGAUAUUUCAGUGAGGCAGGAGUUUGUAUGUCAUGUUCAGUCUCUCUGCAAGCACGGUCUUAAAUCUCUUGUUAUUGAUCACUUCCUUAAGUUACUACAGGAAAUGUUUGAGAAAAAUGGGAGUUCAAAAUUUUGGCAGCAUUUUGAUGGAUAUAAUAAUAAAACUACUUAUGAUAUUGACCAGGAGCUGGAGCAAAUUUUGUGCAGAGCGCUUGAAGAGAUAUCGUUGGAGAAACAGUAUCAGGAGAAGUGUCUGUCCAUGUUAGCUUGUGCCUUGCAAUCUUACAAGGAAAAUUUGGCAAGUGGAAAGUGUAAUUCAGAUAAUGAAAGAUUGUAUCUUAUUUCUAGAUAUCAGUUGAUGGUAUCUUCAGUUUUAAUGGCCAGUCUUCCUCGUCACUUCCUUGAAGUACUACACUGGUAUUUUAAGGGAAGGCUGGAGGAGCUAAGUACAAUUAUGGAUGGAGAGGUUAAUGGCGGCGACGGUGAUGAUUUUGAAGAUAAAGAUGACAUGGAUUUAGACGACAGAAGCCAAAAGUUCUGUAGAAAUGGUGAAAUGGAAAUUGAUGAAUGCUAUCUCCAAGGUAAAUUCACGGAGAACAACAAAUUGGUGAAGAAUAUUGGGAAGGUUGUUCGUGACCUCAGAAGUCUUGGUUUCACUUCUAUGGCUGAAGAUGCUUAUGCUUCUGCGAUCUUUCUGCUUCUGAAGGCAAAAGUGCAUGAUCUGGCUGGCGAUGAUUACAGGGAUUCUGUUUUGGAGUCCAUUAAAGAGUGGAUACAGGCUGUGCCUCUUCAAUUCUUGCAUGCACUCCUUGCUUAUCUUGGCGAUUCUGUUAGCAGUGUUGGCCCUUCACAUAGUCUCAAAUCACCUCUGGCUUCUAGUCCAUCAUCAUGCUAUCCUGGAACUAAAGCACCUUCUGAAGGACUAGUUAGAUGGCAAUUGCGGCUAGAGUACUUUGCAUAUGAAACAUUGCAAGAUUUAAGAAUAGCUAAACUGUUUGAGAUUAUAGUGGACUAUCCUGACAGCUCCCCGGCAAUUGAGGAUUUAAAACAGUGCCUGGAAUAUACCGGUCAACAUUCUAAGCUGGUUGACUCUUUCAUUUCUGCACUGAAAUACCGCUUGCUCACUGCCGGCGCCUCUACCAAUGACAUAUUGCAUCAGUAUGUUUCAACUAUUAAAGCCCUGCGUACAAUUGAUCCUGCUGGUGUCUUUCUUGAAGCAGUUGGUGAACCAAUAAGAGACUAUCUAAGGGGUAGGAAAGAUACCAUUAAAUGCAUUGUGACCAUGCUUACAGGUGGGACUGGGGGUAACCCAAAUGGGUCUGGAAUCACUGGGGAUAGCCUUCUUGAAGAAUUAAAUAGGGAUGAAGAAAGCCAAGAAAAUGAUGGUGCUGAUGAUGGUUUCCAUACUGAUGAUAAGCAAGCAUGGAUAAAUGCUCUACGCUGGGAGCCUGAUCCUGUGGAGGCUGACCCAUUGAAGGGAAGCAGGAAUCGAAGGAAGGUUGACAUAUUAGGGAUGAUUGUUGGUAUACUUGGUUCAAAAGAUCAACUUGUUAAUGAAUACCGUGUGAUGCUUGCUGAAAAGCUUCUCAACAAAUCUGAUUAUGACAUUGACUCAGAAAUACGUACUUUAGAACUUCUAAAGAUUCAUUUCGGAGAAAGCAGUAUGCAGAGAUGUGAAAUUAUGCUAAAUGAUUUGAUUGAUUCUAAGAGAACAAACCAGAAUAUCAAAGCAACAAUAAAGUCAUCUCAAAUAAGUUCAGAGGAGCAAGAAAUGGAAGUAUCAUUGGAUAUUCUUAAUGCUACAAUAAUAUCUACAAAUUUUUGGCCUCCAAUCCAGGAGGAGGCACUAAAUGUUCCUGAGCCUGUAGAAAAAUUGCUUAAUGAUUAUGCAAAAAGGUUUCAUCAGAUAAAGACCCCAAGGAAGUUGCUUUGGAAGAAAAACCUUGGCACAGUAAAGUUGGAGUUGCAAUUUGAAGAUAGAGAAAUACAGUUAACUGUAACCCCUAUACAUGCUGCAAUUAUCAUGCAGUUUCAAGAUCAAAAGAGUUGGACAUCUUGUAAGCUUGCAGCGGCUAUUGGGGUACCAGUGGAUGUACUUAAUAGAAGAAUAAGUUUUUGGACCAGCAAGGGAAUUCUAGCAGAAUCACCUGGGACAGACACUUGUGAUCAUGUAUUUACUCUAGUGGAAGGCAUGGCUACUAAGAGUGGUGGAAGUGGGGAAGAGCUGCUAGUCGGUGAUGACGAGGGAGAGAGAUCUGUAGCCUCUGUUGAGGACCAAAUACGCAAGGAAAUGACUGUUUACGAGAAAUUUAUCAUGGGGAUGCUCACAAAUUUCGGAAGUAUGACACUAGACCGCAUUCAUAACGCCCUCAAGAUGUUUUGUGUAGCAGAUCCUCCUUAUGACAAGUCAGUGCAGCAGCUGCAAAGUUUUUUAUCAGGUUUAGUUUGUGAAGAAAAGUUAGAACUAAGAGACGGAGUGUACCUGUUGAAGAAGUAAUCUCUGCACUCCCACAAGGAUGUGCAGGAUUUUUGUCUUCUAAAUGUCAACAACCUAUGAACCAAGUAGAUAUCCUGAUAAAGAUGAAUUUUCUCUUGCUCGGAUCCUACUUUUACGUAUACAUAUUAUCGGAUUUGGUGUUCAAAUGUAAAACAGACAGUUCAAAGUUGAGAAGCAGAUUUCAGCUAUAGUAGAUUAACUCGGUCGAGAUGAAUGCUCUAUACUGAGUGUGAUUUGUUCAAUGUAGAUAUAGGUCGUGUUGCGCCAUUUAUUUAUUUCAAAUUUAAAGGCCGUUCAUGUUGUCUUAAUGUGGAAUACUACUAUAUAAAUUAAUAAAAAUGUUAUUAUUCAUGUAA